CUACCACCACCACCAGUGAGUCUCGGCCACCACUCUCUGUUUUUCAUCAUUAUUUAAUAAAUAAAUAAAUAAAUAUGAGCUCAUUUUAUGAGCCACAAUCUUCGUUUUCUUUACUUCAACACAGAAAACAAAGACAAACGAAACUGAAACCUUAAAAAGAAAUAAAAGAAGAAGAAGAAAAAACCUAAUUACCGGAAGUCAAGAGUGGUUUUAAAAGCAUAUGGUGUCGGUGAACCCAAACCCAGCUCAGGGAUUUCAUUUGUUUGAUCCCAUGAGUAUGGGACUGCCUGGUCUUAAUUCUUUGACGCCGCACCAGAUUCCUUCUUCCUCAACGUCUACUACUAGUAAUACCGCUAAUGCUACGGGUACCAGUACCACGUCAGGUACCAAUACGAUGGCGUCCUUUCAGGAUGAUCUAAACAAGAAGAUCAGGAAGCCUUAUACUAUUACUAAGUCUAGAGAAAGCUGGACCGAACAGGAACACGACAAGUUUCUAGAAGCUCUUCAAUUGUUUGAUCGUGACUGGAAGAAGAUUGAAGCAUUUGUUGGAUCAAAGACGGUCAUCCAGAUACGUAGCCAUGCACAGAAGUAUUUUUUGAAGGUUCAGAAGAAUGGGACAAGUGAACGUGUACCUCCACCUCGACCAAAGAGAAAAGCAGCUCAUCCUUAUCCACAGAAGGCACCUAAAAAUGCAACCCCAGUCGUAACCCAAAUGGCUAGCCUGUUUCAGUCUCCACCAGUUUCAAUUGAACCUGGAUAUGUCUACCAGCCAGAUUCUUCAUCAGUUCUUGGAAAUCCAGUGACUGGUGGAACUUUGACAUCCUGGAGUUUUAACACAGUGACACCAGUCAAUUUGCCACAAGUUACUAAAGAUGAUGUGGGAUUGGCAAGGCAAACGAUUGCGCAUAAUUGUUGCUGCAGUAGUACCAAUGAAAGCACCCCAAGGACUUGGCAAACUAGUGAAAUAAUUGAUCCAGGGGAUCAGGGCAAGCCAAUGAGAGUUAUGCCAGAUUUUGCACAAGUAUACAGCUUCAUUGGCAGUGUUUUUGACCCUCAUGCCAGUGGUCACUUGCAGAGGUUGAAGCAGAUGGAUCCAAUAAAUAUGGAAACAGUAAUGCUGUUGAUGAGAAACCUCUCCAUUAAUUUGACAAGUCCUAAGUUUGAGGAUCAUAGAAGGUUACUUGCAUCAUAUGAUAUUAAUGGUGAGGAGACAAAAUCUGGUGGCCUGUACAGUAAUAUGGGCGCUGAUAAAAUUCAGAUGGCGAUUUCAGCCCCGAAAGAAGUGAAAGAAAGUAAAUGCGAGGAUGGAGUAGAGAGUAGAAUACUCACGAGGUCGCACCGAAAGGAAGUUGUAGUAGUAGUAGGAGGUUUGUAAAUACAUACGUGUGAUGUAGGAGAAUGCUCUUCCUGCUUCUGUUAGUUUCUAGUGUAUUGUGUAUAUAUGUAUACAUGCUUUGCUCUUUGGAAAUGUAGCAUAGUUUUAUCUUCACGGUUACGACCCAGAGGCUAUCUUGUAUAGAGUUUUGAGUGCAAGUUUUACGGUAUAUUGUUGUAAGAUGUGUUUUUGAGGUUUGUAUGUGUUAUUUUAGGAGUUACUUUGUAUGAAUUUACUUGAAAUGAAUGUGAAAGCUUUGGCAGAGCGAAACAUUGUGCCAUUCA